UCGUAACACGUAUCGACCGGAGCAUUAAAGAUUUCUUUACUAUUAAAAAUAUUGAGUUGUUGUGUUCUACGGGAUCAGAUUUUAAAUUUCAGUACGUGCGUAUUUAUAGAGUUUAAUAAAACGUUGCUUAAUUUAGAUAAAGGAAUAAAUACAACUACAUAAGUACUUUUUGUUUGAGUGUUUGUUGUAUUCUUCAAGUGUGAUUGUGCAAUGGACAGUAAAUUGUUUAUUUCUGCGUGUAAUUGGUUAUACACUCGGUCAAGGAACGUUGUAAUUCGCUCCUGGGAUUUACAAAGCGGAUGGUUGAACUCCGUACGUAAAACAUUCCAGUAUAUUUAGAAGAGAAAUAGUGAUGGUUGACAUGGACUUAAUAUCUAAGGUUAUCCUACCUUUAUAUGAAUCACACCUUGACGAGGGUGAGAGUACAGAUGGAUCUAGCGUGGAGUACAACCCCUGGCCGUCAUUUAAUUUCACUGGGAAGUUGAGGCCGUUCCCGCCGGGCCCGAAGCGUACAGUGCCGCCGCACAUAGGCCGCCCGGACUAUGCGGACCAUCCGACUGGCUUCCCUGCAUCUGAGAAUGCCGCGAAGGGUUCCGGUCAGAUUAAAGUGCUCGACGAUGAGGAAAUCGAAGGCAUGCGUGUAGCUUGCCGCCUCGGCAGAGAGGUGCUAGAUGAGGCAGCUAGAGUGUGUGAUGUGGGAGUGACCACAGAUGAGAUAGAUCGCAUUGUGCACGAGGCGUGCAUAGAGCGGGAGUGCUACCCCAGCCCACUCAACUAUCACAACUUUCCUAACAGCUGCUGCACUUCUGUCAAUGAGGUCAUCUGCCACGGUAUCCCAGAUUUACGUCCCUUGGAGGAUGGUGAUAUCUGCAAUGUGGAUGUGACAGUCUAUCACCGAGAAUUCCACGGUGAUCUCAAUGAGACUUUCUUUGUUGGCAACGUGCCGGAGUCCACCCGGAAACUAGUUCAAGUUACAUAUGAAUGCUUGGCCAAAGCUAUUGAGAUAGUGAAGCCUGGUGAGAAGUACCGGGAGAUUGGCAAUGUGAUUCAGAAGCAUGCUCAGGCCAAUGGGCUCAGCGUAGUACGCUCGUAUUGUGGUCACGGUAUACACAGGCUGUUCCACACCACACCCAAUGUACCACAUUAUGCCAAAAACAAAGCUAUAGGUGUGAUGAAGCCAGGGCACUGCUUCACUAUUGAGCCGAUGAUCAAUGAAGGAGGGUGGCGUGACGAGCAGUGGCCAGACCAUUGGACCGCUGUCACUGCUGAUGGCUCUCGCUCAGCUCAAUUUGAACAAACUCUUCUGGUGACUGAGACUGGUUGCGACAUCCUGACGCAGCGUUCGACAGGCCGACCAUGGUUUAUGGACCAACUAGAGAAACUCAACGCCAAGUCCUAGGGACCACAUCACUGCUCAUCCACUGAGGUGAACAUAAACAUUAUGAAAUAUAUAAACUGAAGGAAAGGGUCUUUGGAAAAUAUACUGAAUAGACUGCUAGAGUUGAGCUUUAAUCUGGAAUGUUUUUCAUUAAAUGGUAUUGAUAUCUAAACUGUACCCUUAGUACGAAAACGAAACGCGAGUGUGUCCGGCCAAGUACGGCGCUCUGAUUGGUUGGUUCAUUCGCGCCAGCCAAUCAGAGCGCCGAACGCUCUCGUUUCGUUUUCGUUCAACGCAAAGCAAACUCGUACUAAGGGUAAUGACCGUCUAAUAAAUUCAGAUGUUUAGAAGUUCUAUUAGAACUAAAUAAACAUUAGCAUAGGUUUACCUUUGUAGCUACAAUUUGAGAACCACCAUAUAGUUAGUGGAAGAAUAUGAUGAUAUAGG